AUGAGCCUACAACAAUCCGUACCACGAUGGGCCUCUGUCCUCCUGCUGUUAUGUCUAGGCCUGGCACAAGCUCACACUGUCAUCACAUACCCUGGUUAUAGAGGAAACAACCUUCACACCAACGGAACAGUCCAGCAGGCGAAUGGCCUGGGUGUGGCCUACGACGUGAAAAAUGGCUCGUACAUCUUCCCCUAUGGCAUGGAGUGGAUCUACCCAUGUGGUGGCAUGCCCCGAUCAACCAACCGAACCAAAUGGCCUGUCAGCGGUGGUGCUGUCGCCUUCCAGCCGGGCUGGUUUCCGGGCCACCAGACUGCCUUGAUCUAUGUCAACCUUGGAUUUGGCGAGAUCCCGGAUAAUAUGAGCCACCCCGUUGUAUCGCCUUUCCAAAUCACGGGCCCGAGCAACAAUCCAUACCCGGGUUCCGUGUGUCUACCACAGGUUCCUCUGCCUGCCAAUAUCACCGUUAGCCCUGGUGAUUAUGCUACUAUCCAGGUCGUUGAGACCGCCAAGCAUGGUGCUGCCCUGUUCAAUUGCGUGGACAUCGAGUUUGCAGAAGAUGGCGAUGCUUCUGUCGAGGAAGUGACUCGCGACAACUGCUUCAAUUCCUCAGACCUCAGCUUCCAGUACAUGUACACCACCAGUUCCAUUGGCUCUGGUGCGGGCAUGCUCCAGCCCCCGAAGAUGUCCGCUGGAUUCCUCGUACCGUUGUUGACUGCUGUCGCCUUCGGGAUGUAUCUGUAG